AUGCCCGAAAUCGAUCCAGUCUCCUCUAAAUCUUCCAUUGUCAAAACCGCCAUCAUGAGCGCUCAGAUCGAGGCCCUCCAAAACUACGUUCGCUUGCUUGAAGCAGAUCCCUCCUUCUUCCGCCAGAUGAAUGUCGACCAAAUCGUCGACAACACGAAGCAGGCCAUAAGAGCCUUGCAGAGUAUGGAAGCCGCGUUGAGAGACAAGGACGCGGCGCUGGGCCGGGCGCAUGAGACCAUUCGAGGCCUGGAACAAGCGACCGAAAUGGAACAGGAUCUCUCGGAUAUUAGACGCAACCUGGUGGUCAUUGGGCAGGAUACGAAGACGACAUUUGCCUCUGUUAAGGGCAUAACGGCAAAAAUGGAGAAAUUCAACGUCAGCCAGAGUUCAUCAGUCAAUGAAGAGGGCGCUAUGUUUGCAAAGUUGGAUGCCAUCGUCAAAAAGCUCGACGAACUCGAGAAGCUCGCCUCUGCUUCCGCCACAAAGCCAGACAUCGACAGCACCGCCAUUCACAUGAAGGAACUGAGGGAAAAGAAUGCCCUAAUUCAGGGGUAUCUCACUCGGAUCACAAUACUGGAGAAGGAAAAGGCGGAGAUUCAGUCGAAGGCGGAGUCAACCGGCCAAACCAACCACGGACUCCGCACGCAACAAGACGGGGCAGCUGCACAGAAGGACGAUUUCGAAAGGCGGCUGACAGAGACCAACGAGAGAUGCCGACAAUACGAUGACCUCCUAGAUAGUAACGUGGAGUGGGAAAGGAAGACUGCGACCGCAGAGGCAAUGAUCACAGAGAAUCGGCGCACACACGAACGGUCCUUGGCAGGACAAGCGCAAGAGUUCAACAGCGCCUUGAUCGAGCACAAGAGGGAAUACGAGAGUCGUAUAGACAAGCUCACGGAAGCCCUUGAGAGGACUUCCACCUAUGUCACACCGGAAGCUUUCAGUGCGGAAGUGGCCAUACGUCAGAAGGCUGAGGCUGACUUGACGGACAGCCAGGCUACGCUUCGUGGCAUGGAGUCCACUCUUAAAGCGGAACGGGGCUUCCAGAUCCUCGUCAAGGGAACAGAGGAGUCUAGCCAGGAACGGCACCAGGAGCUCAUGACGGCCAUUGCAAGGACGUUGAUUCCUAAAGAGAUGUCACGGAGAAGGGCCCGCUCCAGCUCACCGGGAAGGCCCCACGCGUCGUCCGAUCACGACGCCUUGACCAAGUUGCAGUCCACUCCAUGGUGUCAACCGGUGGGGUUUGUGAUCCAAAGCUUCUCCAACUUUGACGUCUCGCACGACGAGGGAAGCAGGACGUCGGUGAACCACGGGUCCAUCUUCCGCAAUAUCGCCCACUUACUGUCCGAGAGCAAAGGGGCCCAAGCCUUCCAAGCUUUCCUCGAAUAUUCAGCUCCUGACAACACAUACUGUCUCAUUGCCGCAAUCAAGGCAUCUGAGGGCCGGCCUGUCUUGUCGUUGUCUGCUACGGGUCACUGCCUUGACCAUGAAGGCCAAGACGGACGUUGCAUCCUGACGAAGUGUGAGACAUCGGCCGACGGUGCAGGCAAAUCCUACAUUGUCCUCCGACCCCAGGAUUGA